CCUGGUGGUGGCAGCUGCUAUAAGAGGGCAGGUGGCCCCCCAAAAACACCCUGUGACAGCACAACCAUGCUGGGUGCCGUGUGUCUCACUGUGCUGCUGGGCUACGCCUAUGGAUGCGGGCAGCCGGCCGUGCCACCACAGCUGGGCCACCGGGUGGUGGGUGGCGAAGAUGCCCUGGCACACAGCUGGCCAUGGCAGAUCUCGCUGCAGUACAGCCGCUCAGGGGCUUGGCAUCACACAUGUGGUGGGACCCUCAUUGCUCCCAAUUGGGUGCUGACAGCCGCCCAUUGCAUCAGCUCUAGCCUGAAGUACCGUGUGCUGCUGGGCAAGCAGGUCCUGUCGGAGGAGGACGAGCCAGGCUCACUGGCUGUCGGUGUGGAAAAGCUCAUCGUGCAUGAGGAUUGGGACCCCACCCUCAUUGUCAACGAUAUUGCCCUGAUAAAGCUGGCGCAGGAGGUGGAGGAGAGCGAGACCAUCCAACCCGCCUGCCUGCCGCCUGCUGGCUCAGUCCUGGAGAACGACUACCCCUGCUAUGUCACUGGCUGGGGACGCCUCUGGACGUACGGGCCCUUGGCCGAUGUCCUGCAGCAGGCGCUGCUGCCUGUGGUGGACUAUGAGACCUGCUCCCAGAGCAACUGGUGGGGCAACUACGUCCUCCCCAACAUGGUGUGCGCGGGGGGAGACGGCGUCACGAGCGGCUGCAAUGGGGAUUCGGGUGGUCCCCUGAACUGCCAGCGUGGCGGGCUCUGGGAGGUGGACGGCAUCGUCAGCUUUGGCUCUACUUGGGGCUGCAACACGGUGCGGAAGCCGACGGUCUUCACACGGGUGUCCUCCUUUAUCGACUGGAUCAACGAGAAAAUAAGCACAAACUGAGGACGUGGUGUGUGAUGCAACGAGUCUUGAUUGUGAUAAAGGCACAAGUGCUGCUCUCA